CGACCAUGCCUCCAGUGCAAAAAUCAAAUUCGAAGGAUCGACACUUUGUCCGCAAAGAUCUUAAAUUGCAGUUUCAACACCUUUCAACACCGAACCAUCCAUCAUCCGCAAUAAUGGCAGCCAUUCGCACCAUGACCGAUUACCACAAGAGGAUCGAGGCGGCCAGUGACAAACUGAUUGUCCUGGAUUUCUAUGCCAAUUGGUGCGGCCCCUGCAAGGAUAUGGAAAGUACGGUGAAAUCGCUGGCCAGGAAGUACUCGACCAAGGCCGUGGUCCUCAAGAUCGAUGUGGACAAGUUUGAGGAGUUGACGGAGCGCUACAAGGUGCGCAGCAUGCCCACCUUCGUUUUCAUCAAGAACAAUCGCCGUUUGGCAUCUUUUUCUGGCGCCGAUGACCAUAAGCUCACCGACAUGAUGGCCAAGUUGGUAAAAACCUAGAAAACAUUGAACAAGCAGUGAACAAUCAUUACUCGGAGCAGGCUCUCAACUAGAUUUUAACCCACAAAAAUGUGUUCUUUUUGUAUUCGUCUUAACUAUUGUCAUGUAUCAUUGUUUAGCUCGUAAGCGAUGUGGGAGUAGGAGAUGCGCGUGUGGUCAUUAAAAUAAGAUUACUAUAAAGAAAAAAGUGUUAAACCAGCAAAGAAAAACAACCUAACCUCAAUCUUGAUGUACUUAUAUGUAUGCUUUAGGGCGUGGAGGCGUGUCUGCGACAUAACCUCUUAGGUCUGAGAAUUGUAUUCCGUUUUAAACUCAACUCGAAAUGCCUUUUGGACAAUCAAUAAUAGCUUUAAGGUUAGGCACUUAGCAAUUCGAUCAAUAAAUUGUAACCACUUUGACUAAAAUUUA